UGCGCGCAGUUUUUGUUUUUGGCCCAAUCCCAUGCUGAGGUCACAAGGUCGUCGUGUCAACAGCAACAGCAACAACAACAACAGCAUGAUGCUGGUUGCUGGAGCGACGUUGCUGCGGCUGCUGCUGCUGCUGAGCCUGCAGCUGUUGGUGGUUGCCAUCGUCGGUUAUGGCGGCCAUGGUGUCAGCGCUGCAGCGAUGCCAGCGACGGCAGCGACAGCAGGACCUGCUGCAGCAACACCGAAGCAGCAUCAGCAGCAUCAGCAGCAUCAGCAGCAUCAGCAGCGGCACACGGCAAAGGAGCUGCUGGCGCAGGACGCACGCCUGUUUGACGCGUACGCGCAGCUGCCGCCGCUCGCCAGGAGGCGGGUGCGGCAGCAACUGGACGACCUGAGCGUGGACACUUCCGUCGCAGACGACUUGGAGUUCAGCGGCGAUGGCGCAGUGUUCAUUGCAGACCACUCCCUCGUCGUUUCCCCCGAGCAGGAAAUGACAAUGAUGGCCCAGCAGCAGCAACAACAGCAGCAGACGGGAAGUGGAGGACACGCAGACGCGUGGCCGGACCAGAGGAAGCAACAGAAGCAAGCAGGGCACGCGGGACAAGCGGCAGACAAGGACAGAAGUCCUUGGUCUGGUGUUGGCGCCGCCAUCACCCCUGAUCUGCCACAAGACACAGGCAGCCAUGGUCGGGGGCGCCGCGGCAGCGCUCAGACAGCAAACGGGUUGCCUGAGCUGCACAGCAAGCCUGGCUCACGCAACAUCCUCUUCCUCGACUUUGACGGCUACGAGUCCGGUGAGGACCAGUUCUUUGGUGCCUUUGACGCGCUCCCAUAUGACCCCAGCAAGGACGGCCCAGCCUUCUCCCAGUUUGAGGUGGACCAAGCCAUUGACACGUGGGCGCGCGUGGCUGAGGACUUUGCCCCCUUUGACCUGGACGUGAUCCUGGGUGCGCCGCCACCAACCUUGAACAGCACCACCCUCUGGGUCGUCAUCACCAGCAAGCAGCAAGCAAACGGCGCCAGCAUGCCUUACUCCACCGCAGGCGGCGUCGCGUCCUUGGGCCGGUUUGGGCACGACAACUUUCCAUACUUCCAGCCAGCCCUCGUGUACUUCGACAACCUUGGGCUUGGCUGGUCCCAUCUUGUUGCAGAGGCGUGCAGCCACGAGGCGGGGCACACCUUUGGCCUCAAACACGACGCGGUGCCGGGGGAGUCAUUCUACGGCGGUGCCCGCGACCCGCACAACCCGGUGUCGUGGGCGCCGAUCAUGGGGGCUGGGUAUCUGAACAGCGUGUCACAGUGGAGCAAAGGCGAGUAUGAGGGCGCGACAAACCAAGAGGACGACAUUGCCAUUAUCGCAGCCCGUGUUGGCAUGAGGGAGGAUGAGGCAGGUGUCACGCGCGAUACAGCUGGCAGAAUCAUCAUGCAUCACAUUACUGCACCCACCAGUGGUUACAGCGACGACACCAACGCUGACGAAGACAACAACGGCAAUCACGCACCAGCAUCGCCAACAGCAGCAGACGAUGGUGCACAGGCAUUUGUUCCGGGAGGAAAGCACAGCGGCAGUGACGAGGACGUCGUGUCACUCAUCUCAUCCCUGCCCAUCGUCGCUCUGGCAUCAAACAACGCCGCCACAGCUGACAGCAGCACCAACAGCGACAACAUCGAUAGCAGUGCAAGUGACGGUUCUUUCGCCACGAGUUCCCAGCAACAACAACAACAACAACAGCAGCAGCAGCAGCAACAGCAACAACAACAGUUGCACGAGUGGCGUGGGUCCGCUGCUGGCGUGAUUGCAACUCGGCAGGACGUCGACAUCUGGGGGUUUGUUGUGGAGGCGGAAAAGGCAGACGUGACGGUGCUAGCAACACCCUGGUACUCGAGCGGCCUCACUGCCGGUAACAACCUCGACAUUGCGCUGACGCUUCUGAAUGAUGUUGGAACGCCGCUGGCGGCAGUCAACCCCGUGUAUCAGACAUGGGCGCAAGUCGCGCUGACACUCGUGCGUGGCGAGUACUUUGUUGCCGUGGAUGGCGUGGGUGAUGCUGCCCGUGACAACCACAACCACAACCACAGCCACAACCACAACCACAACCACAACCACAACCACAACCACAACCACACCACCACAACCACAACCACAACCACAACCACAACCACAACCACAACCACAACCACAACCACAACCACAACCACAACCACAACCAAAACCACAACCACAACCACAACCACAACCACAACCACAACUACGGCACCAAUGACGACAACUUCGCAACACUCGUUUCCAAAGAGCCACAUGUGUGCCGUUCGCUCGUGCACAUACAGUCCGAAAUUCGCAUGCCAGUGUGACGACGCAUGUCAGGACUUUGGAGACUGUUGUCCAGAUUUUGUGGCAAAGUGCACUGCAGUUGGCCACCACACGACAACCACCACGACAACCACCACGCCAACCACAGCCACCACGACCACGACAACCACAACCACCACUUCAACCACAACCACCACUUCAACCACAACCACCACUUCAACCACAACCACCACUUCAACCACCACGUCAACCACCACAACCACAUCAAUCACAACGACCACAACUACAACGACCACCACUACGACCACCACAGCCACGACCACCACGGCCACAACAUCAACUACAACUACAGCAACCACGGCGCCAACCACACAACAAGGACCGCCACCAACACAGAAACACUGGUGCUCGCAUCGCGCGUGUACGUACAUUCCGAAAUACGUGUGCCAGUGUGACACCGCGUGCACGGACUUUGGGGACUGCUGUCCAGAUUACGAGCAAGCGUGCACGAAGGACGGUGAGGCUGAGAGCAAGCUCAGUACAACGACAACCACGACCACAACAACGUCCACGACAACGACAACAUCGUCCACAACAUUGACUACCACCACCACCACCACCACAACCACCACAACGACAACAACGUCCACAACAUUGACUACCACCACCACUUCCACCACUACCACCACUACCACCACAACCACAACGACGUCCACAACAGCAACAACAACAGCUGAAACGUGCGAUUGCCCCGGCCACUCGCUGCUGUCCUUCGGCUCCCUCUCCUUACAAAUGACAUUUGCAACAACCUGUCCUUCCGGACACAUCUUCCGCGUGUGUCUGGAACGCAAGUUCGACUCUGCCAACCCCAUGUUCUUUACGCUGGAGAGAAAAAUGCCCAAUGGCGGUGGAUAUGAGACGGUGUCCACGUCCCCGCUCGUGGCACCAGAACGCAACGCGCGCGUGUGCCACACGUACACGGAAACAGAUGUUUCACGUGUUUCAAAGGGCGCAAAGUGGCAGGUGGCGGUGACAUCCACAGACCUCUUCAGCGUCAACCUCGACCCGCCCUAUAUCAAAUCGCACGACUGUGUUCCUCCAUGA